AUGAGUUUUGACCAACCCAUGAGGGAGGAGCCUGAGGACAAAGCUCAGCAUCAGACGGACAUAUCAGCAGCUGACAGACCACAGACAGACCACAAUCAACGUGAUGCUAUCGAACAUGAUGCUGCUGUGUUAGCAUCCUGUGACUUCAAUAAUAAUGCAGACCCCUUCUGUAACUUUCGGCAAGACCCUACAGACAACAGUGAUUGGAUUCGACAUUGGGGCCCCACCCCAACUCCUGGUACUGGACCCAGUGGGGACUAUCCUGACGGCACUGGGUAUUACAUCUACCAAGAGGGUGAUAAUGUCAUUAAUGGGAUGAAAACACGAUUGUUCAGUCCUGUGAUCACCACCACCACAGCACCUCAGAUCUGUGUGCAAUUUCAUUACUAUAUGUAUGGCUCAGAUGCUCACAAUACGUUGACCAUACUGGCCAAACGAUCAGGCAUAGAGGAACAGCUGUGGCAGAAAACUGGGAUCCAGAGUCCAUCAUGGCUGAGAGCAGCUGUUACUGUGCCCAAACCAGCUGGAGAGGUGGUUGAAAUUGUGUUUGAAGCAACGCGUGGAUUCACUUCAUCAUGUGAUACAUCCCUGGACAAUAUUAUCAUCACUGACGGAAUUUGCCCAGGGUGUAUAGCUGCUUGUGAUUUUGAUGAAUUGGAUAACCUCUGUGACUGGACAAACAAGGUCUCGGAUUCAUCAAUCUCUGGCUGGGAGUUUUGGACAGGAUCCACUGAGACACCUGGCACUGGUCCUGAUGAUGAUUUCUCCAAACCAGGCUUGGGAUUUUACCUGCUGAUGGAUUCCUUCUCCAGUGUCCCAGGGGCUUCAGCUCAGCUUUGGAGUCCCUCCAUAGCAGUCUCUUCUAAGUGCCUUCAGCUGGACUUCCAUUAUUACAUGUAUGGAACUGCCUCAGACAUGGAGCUUAAUGUCUAUACUGUCACUAGUGAUAUAACACCAACAACUGUUAAGCCUAUGACAACAGUUUCAACUUCAAAACCAUCAACUCCACAACCAACCACACCUAAAUCAUCAACACCCCACUCCACGACUCCCAAAACAACUACUCCAAAACCACCUACUCCAGCAACAACUACACCAAUGAAGUGCCCUCCUGAUUCUGAGUACAUAGAGUGUGGUCCAGCUUGCAUUCCCAGCUGUAAAGAGCCCUCCACCAACUGCACUGGCUCUUGUAUCAGCGGCUGCUUCUGCAAACCAGGUUUUGUGUUCCGGGGGAAACGAUGUAUUCCCAUUGAGCAGUGUGGAUGUCUGGAUGAUGACAACAACUACUAUGAGCCUGGAGAGCUCGUCUUUGGGAAUGACUGCUCCAAGCUGUGCCGCUGUGCCGGCAAUUACACUUUGAGCUGUGUAGACAACACCUGUGACCCCACGGAAGAAUGUCUACAAGUGGGAGGAGUCCAUGGUUGCUAUCCUAAAGACACCUCCACCUGUAUUGCCUCGGGUGAUCCCCACUACUCCACCUUUGACAAACGCAGUUAUGACUUCAUGGGCAACUGCACCUACUUGAUGUCUGAGCCUUGCAACAGCACAGAUGUGCCUUACUUUGCUGUUUAUACUGACAAUGAGAAUCGUUACAAUGUCCCCACCGUCAGCUACGUGAGUGCUGUCCACGUCCACGUUCUAGGAGUGAAGGUGUCCAUCUUGAAAGGAGGAGUCGUGCAGCUGAAUGGAACCACUGUGAACAUUCCUCUAAGCCCUGCUCCUGGAGUGGACGUCUUUCAAUCUGGGACACUCUAUAGUGUAACCUUGAACUUUGGUGUGACAGUUCGCUAUGAUGGAAACCACUACAUGGACAUCAAAGUCAUCAAAGACUACCAGGACAGGCUGUGCGGCCUGUGUGGCGACUAUAAUGGCGACUUUAAAGAUGACUUCCGUACUCCCACCGGUGAACUGGUCAACAGUCCAACUGAUUUUGGUAACAGCUGGAACACAGACCCUGACUGCAAUAAGAGCCCCGUCGGUCCAGACCCUGGAUGCACAGAUGCUGAGCAGGACCUUUAUGAGAGUCCCGCCUACUGUGGAAUCAUACUGGACAGCAAAGGCCCAUUCGCUGUCUGUCACCCAAGAGUCAAUCCCAAUAGUUUCUUCAAAAACUGUGUGUUUGAUCUGUGUGCGCUGGACGGCCCUCACUCUGCCUUGUGUGAGGCCAUUGAAGCCUACGUCAACGAGUGUCAGGAUCGCGGAGUCAACAUCGGUCCCUGGAGAAACACCACCUUCUGCCCUCUCCAAUGCCCACCCAACAGCCACUAUGACCCCUGUGUCCGACCUUGUCAGCCCUCCUGUACCCCUCCCCCACCCAGCCAGUGUACUGGACCCUGUUCUGAGGGAUGUGUGUGUGACCCUGGAUACAUACUCAGUGCUGGCAAAUGUGUGAAAAAAGACACAUGUGGCUGCAAUUAUAAUGGACAGUACUACAAGCCAGAUGAGGAGUUCUACACUAAGGACUGUGAGCUGCUGUGCAGGUGUGAUCCUCCAUUCGUCACCUGCAGUGCUGCUGAAUGCCCUCCCAUGCAGCAGUGUGGUGUGCAGGGAGGACAAAUAGGCUGUUACCCAGUUGGUUCUCAGGACUGCAUCAUCUCGGGUGACCCUCAUUACAACACCUUUGAUGGUAAAUACUACUCUUUCAUGGGUACCUGCACCUACACGCUGGCCCGCACCUGCAGAAACAACACUGGGCCCUGGUUCUCUGUGGAGGGGAAGAAUGAGGAGAGAGGAGUGUCUGGCGUAUCUUACCUCAGGAAGUUGUACGUGACUGUCAACGGCAUCACUGUGACAAUGAUGAAGAGCAGAAUCACACUGGUGAAUGGACGGAGAGUAGCCCUCCCUCAUUCCCCCUCUCCUCUAAUCUCUCUAACCUUGGCUGGGCAGUAUGUCAUCCUCACCACACCCUUUGGCCUGGAGGUGCGGUGGGAUGGUAACCACUAUGCUAAGAUCACAGUGCCCAGUACCUACUUUGAGCAGAUGUGUGGUUUGUGUGGGGACUACAGUGGAAACCCCAACAAUGAUUUUACCAAACCAGAUGGAUCCCUGACUGGCAGCUCAGAUCAAUUUGGCAACAGCUGGCAAACCGAUAAAGACGAGGAUGACACAUGCAAGCCUGAUAUUGGUCCUGACCCACCAUGUGACCCCAGCCUUGAGGCUGAAGUGUCUAAACCAGAGAAAUGUGGAAAAAUCACUGACACUAGUGGACCAUUCAGGGACUGUAUAAAGGUGGUGGACCCUCUGCCGUUCUUCCAGAGCUGUGUGUUUGACAUGUGCCGCUAUCAGGGACUCCAGCAAACCCUGUGUGACCAGCUCCAGGCCUACACUGAUGCUUGUCUCAGUGCUGGGGCACCAAUCCACCAAUGGCGAGAACCAGACUUCUGCCCUCUGGUUUGUCCUCCUAACAGUCACUACUCCAUGUGUGUGAGUUCAUGUCCAGAAACAUGUGUGGGUGUGAGUGGUCCUCCUGGCUGUGGUGAGAAGUGUGUUGAAGGCUGUGAAUGUAACCCUGGCUUUGUGCUGAGCAACAACAAGUGUGUGCCUCUCAAAGACUGUGGCUGUGUGGACACUAUCGGUUCCUACCACCCUGUGAAUGAGAGCUGGUAUCUGGAGGGCUGUGAGCACCAGUGUGUGUGUCUGGGUGGAAGAAUCAUCCAGUGCUACAACACCAGCUGCCUCCCUACAGAGACCUGCCAACUGCAGGAUGGAGAGUUUGUCUGCAAACCAAAUGUGAAGUGCCCUCCUGAUUCUGAGUACAUAGAGUGUGGUCCAGCUUGCAUUCCCAGCUGUAAAGAGCCCUCCACCAACUGCACUGGCUCUUGUAUCAGCGGCUGCUUCUGCAAACCAGGUUUUGUGUUCCGGGGGAAACGAUGUAUUCCCAUUGAGCAGUGUGGAUGUCUGGAUGAUGACAACAACUACUAUGAGCCUGGAGAGAUCGUCUUUGGGAAUGACUGCUCCAAGCUGUGCCGCUGUGCCGGCAAUUACACUUUGAGCUGUGUAGACAACACCUGUGACCCCACGGAAGAAUGUCUACAAGUGGGAGGAGUCCAUGGUUGCUAUCCUAAAGACACCUCCACCUGUAUUGCCUCGGGUGAUCCCCACUACUCCACCUUUGACAAACGCAGUUAUGACUUCAUGGGCAACUGCACCUACUUGAUGUCUGAGCCUUGCAACAGCACAGAUGUGCCUUACUUUGCUGUUUAUACUGACAAUGAGAAUCGUUACAAUGUCCCCACCGUCAGCUACGUGAGUGCUGUCCACGUCCACGUUCUAGGAGUGAAGGUGUCCAUCUUGAAAGGAGGAGUCGUGCAGCUGAAUGGAACCACUGUGAACAUUCCUCUAAGCCCUGCUCCUGGAGUGGACGUCUUUCAAUCUGGGACACUCUAUAGUGUAACCUUGAACUUUGGUGUAACAGUUCGCUAUGAUGGAAACCACUACAUGGACAUCAAAGUCAUCAAAGACUACCAGGACAGGCUGUGCGGCCUGUGUGGCGACUAUAAUGGCGACUUUAAAGAUGACUUCCGUACUCCCACCGGACUGGUCAACAGUCCAACUGAUUUUGGUAACAGCUGGAACACAGACCCUGACUGCAAUAAGAGCCCGGUCGGUCCAGACCCUGGAUGCACAGAUGCUGAGCAGGACCUUUAUGAGAGUCCCGCCUACUGUGGAAUCAUACUGGACAGCAAAGGCCCAUUCGCUGUCUGUCACCCAAGAGUCAAUCCCAAUAGUUUCUUCAAAAACUGUGUGUUUGAUCUGUGUGCGCUGGACGGCCCUCACUCUGCCUUGUGUGAGGCCAUUGAAGCCUACGUCAACGAGUGUCAGGAUCGCGGAGUCAACAUCGGUCCCUGGAGAAACACCACCUUCUGCCCUCUCCAAUGCCCACCCAACAGCCACUAUGACCCCUGUGUCCGACCUUGUCAGCCCUCCUGUACCCCUCCCCCACCCAGCCAGUGUACUGGACCCUGUUCUGAGGGAUGUGUGUGUGACCCUGGAUACAUACUCAGUGCUGGCAAAUGUGUGAAAAAAGACACAUGUGGCUGCAAUUAUAAUGGACAGUACUACAAGCCAGAUGAGGAGUUCUACACUAAGGACUGUGAGCUGCUGUGCAGGUGUGAUCCUCCAUUCGUCACCUGCAGUGCUGCUGAAUGCCCUCCCAUGCAGCAGUGUGGUGUGCAGGGAGGACAAAUAGGCUGUUACCCAGUUGGUUCUCAGGACUGCAUCAUCUCGGGUGACCCUCAUUACAACACCUUUGAUGGUAAAUACUACUCUUUCAUGGGUACCUGCACCUACACGCUGGCCCGCACCUGCAGAAACAACACUGGGCCCUGGUUCUCUGUGGAGGGGAAGAAUGAGGAGAGAGGAGUGUCUGGCGUAUCUUACCUCAGGAAGUUGUACGUGACUGUCAACGGCAUCACUGUGACAAUGAUGAAGAGCAGAAUCACACUGGUGAAUGGACGGAGAGUAGCCCUCCCUCAUUCCCCCUCUCCUCUAAUCUCUCUAACCUUGGCUGGGCAGUAUGUCAUCCUCACCACACCCUUUGGCCUGGAGGUGCGGUGGGAUGGUAGCCACUAUGCUAAGAUCACAGUGCCCAGUACCUACUUUGAGCAGAUGUGUGGUUUGUGUGGGGACUACAGUGGAAACCCCAACAAUGAUUUUACCAAACCAGAUGGAUCCCUGACUGGCAGCUCAGAUCAAUUUGGCAACAGCUGGCAAACCGAUAAAGACGAGGAUGACACAUGCAAGCCUGAUAUUGGUCCUGACCCACCAUGUGACCCCAGCCUUGAGGCUGAAGUGUCUAAACCAGAGAAAUGUGGAAAAAUCACUGACACUAGUGGACCAUUCAGGGACUGUAUAAAGGUGGUGGACCCUCUGCCGUUCUUCCAGAGCUGUGUGUUUGACAUGUGCCGCUAUCAGGGACUCCAGCAAACCCUGUGUGACCAGCUCCAGGCCUACACUGAUGCUUGUCUCAGUGCUGGGGCACCAAUCCACCAAUGGCGAGAACCAGACUUCUGCCCUCUGGUUUGUCCUCCUAACAGUCACUACUCCAUGUGUGUGAGUUCAUGUCCAGAAACAUGUGUGGGUGUGAGUCCUCCUGGCUGUGGUGAGAAGUGUGUUGAAGGCUGUGAAUGUAACCCUGGCUUUGUGCUGAGCAACAACAAGUGUGUGCCUCUCAAAGACUGUGGCUGUGUGGACACUAUCGGUUCCUACCACCCUGUGAAUGAGAGCUGGUAUCUGGAGGGCUGUGAGCACCAGUGUGUGUGUCUGGGUGGAAGAAUCAUCCAGUGCUACAACACCAGCUGCCUCCCUACAGAGACCUGCCAACUGCAGGAUGGAGAGUUUGUCUGCAAACCAAAUGUGAAGUGCCCUCCUGAUUCUGAGUACAUAGAGUGUGGUCCAGCUUGCAUUCCCAGCUGUAAAGAGCCCUCCAACUGCACUGGCUCUUGUAUCAGCGGCUGCUUCUGCAAACCAGGUUUUGUGUUCCGGGGGAAACGAUGUAUUCCCAUUGAGCAGUGUGGAUGUCUGGAUGAUGACAACAACUACUAUGAGCCUGGAGAGCUCGUCUUUGGGAAUGACUGCUCCAAGCUGUGCCGCUGUGCCGGCAAUUACACUUUGAGCUGUGUAGAAAACACCUGUGACCCCACGGAAGAAUGUCUACAAGUGGGAGGAGUCCAUGGUUGCUAUCCUAAAGACACCUCCACCUGUAUUGCCUCGGGUGAUCCCCACUACUCCACCUUUGACAAACGUAGUUAUGACUUCAUGGGCAACUGCACCUACUUGAUGUCUGAGCCUUGCAACAGCACAGAUGUGCCUUACUUUGCUGUUUAUACUGACAAUGAGAAUCGUUACAAUGUCCCCACCGUCAGCUACGUGAGUGCUGUCCACGUCCACGUUCUAGGAGUGAAGGUGUCCAUCUUGAAAGGAGGAGUCGUGCAGCUGAAUGGAACCACUGUGAACAUUCCUCUAAGCCCUGCUCCUGGAGUGGACGUCUUUCAAUCUGGGACACUCUAUAGUGUAACCUUGAACUUUGGUGUAACAGUUCGCUAUGAUGGAAACCACUACAUGGACAUCAAAGUCAUCAAAGACUACCAGGACAGGCUGUGCGGCCUGUGUGGCGACUAUAAUGGCGACUUUAAAGAUGACUUCCGUACUCCCACCGGUGAACUGGUCAACAGUCCAACUGAUUUUGGUAACAGCUGGAACACAGACCCUGACUGCAAUAAGAGCCCGGUCGGUCCAGACCCUGGAUGCACAGAUGCUGAGCAGGACCUUUAUGAGAGUCCCGCCUACUGUGGAAUCAUACUGGACAGCAAAGGCCCAUUCGCUGUCUGUCACCCAAGAGUCAAUCCCAUAGUUUCUUCAAAAACUGUGUGUUUUGAUCUGUGUGCGCUGGACGGCCCUCACUCUGCCUUGUGUGAGGCCAUUGAAGCCUACGUCAACGAGUGUCAGGAUCGCGGAGUCAACAUCGGUCCCUGGAGAAACACCACCUUCUGCCCUCUCCAAUGCCCACCCAACAGCCACUAUGACCCCUGUGUCCGACCUUGUCAGCCCUCCUGUACCCCCCCACCCAGCCAGUGUACUGGACCCUGUUCUGAGGGAUGUGUGUGUGACCCUGGAUACAUACUCAGUGCUGGCAAAUGUGUGAAAAAAGACACAUGUGGCUGCAAUUAUAAUGGACAGUACUACAAGCCAGAUGAGGAGUUCUACACUAAGGACUGUGAGCUGCUGUGCAGGUGUGAUCCUCCAUUCGUCACCUGCAGUGCUGCUGAAUGCCCUCCCAUGCAGCAGUGUGGUGUGCAGGGAGGACAAAUAGGCUGUUACCAGUCAUCUGUCCUUUGGUCUCACGUAGGUUCUCAGGACUGCAUCAUCUCGGGUGACCCUCAUUACAACACCUUUGAUGGUAAAUACUACUCUUUCAUGGGUACCUGCACCUACACGCUGGCCCGCACCUGCAGAAACAACACUGGGCCCUGGUUCUCUGUGGAGGGGAAGAAUGAGGAGAGAGGAGUGUCUGGCGUAUCUUACCUCAGGAAGUUGUACGUGACUGUCAACAGCAUCACUGUGACAAUGAUGAAGAGCAGAAUCACACUGGUGAAUGGACGGAGAGUAGCCCUCCCUCAUUCCCCCUCUCCUCUAAUCUCUCUAACCUUGGCUGGGCAGUAUGUCAUCCUCACCACACCCUUUGGCCUGGAGGUGCGGUGGGAUGGUAGCCACUAUGCUAAGAUCACAGUGCCCAGUACCUACUUUGAGCAGAUGUGUGGUUUGUGUGGGGACUACAGUGGAAACCCCAACAAUGAUUUUACCAAACCAGAUGGAUCCCUGACUGGCAGCUCAGAUCAAUUUGGCAACAGCUGGCAAACCGAUAAAGACGAGGAUGACACAUGCAAGCCUGAUAUUGGUCCUGACCCACCAUGUGACCCCAGCCUUGAGGCUGAAGUGUCUAAACCAGAGAAAUGUGGAAAAAUCACUGACACUAGUGGACCAUUCAGGGACUGUAUAAAGGUGGUGGACCCUCUGCCGUUCUUCCAGAGCUGUGUGUUUGACAUGUGCCGCUAUCAGGGACUCCAGCAAACCCUGUGUGACCAGCUCCAGGCCUACACUGAUGCUUGUCUCAGUGCUGGGGCACCAAUCCACCAAUGGCGAGAACCAGACUUCUGCCCUCUGGUUUGUCCUCCUAACAGUCACUACUCCAUGUGUGUGAGUUCAUGUCCAGAAACAUGUGUGGGUGUGAGUGGUCCUCCUGGCUGUGGUGAGAAGUGUGUUGAAGGCUGUGAAUGUAACCCUGGCUUUGUGCUGAGCAACAACAAGUGUGUGCCUCUCAAAGACUGUGGCUGUGUGGACACUAUCGGUUCCUACCACCCUGUGAAUGAGAGCUGGUAUCUGGAGGGCUGUGAGCACCAGUGUGUGUGUCUGGGUGGAAGAAUCAUCCAGUGCUACAACACCAGCUGCCUCCCUACAGAGACCUGCCAACUGCAGGAUGGAGAGUUUGUCUGCAAACCAAAUGAUGGACACACUACAUCAAAGCCCCCCACAACCACUACACCGAAACCAACUGCUCCGAUACCAACUACACCACCAGUGAAGUGCCCUCCUGAUUCUGAGUACAUAGAGUGUGGUCCAGCUUGCAUUCCCAGCUGUAAAGAGCCCUCCACCAACUGCACUGGCUCUUGUAUCAGCGGCUGCUUCUGCAAACCAGGUUUUGUGUUCCGGGGGAAACGAUGUAUUCCCAUUGAGCAGUGUGGAUGUCUGGAUGAUGACAACAACUACUAUGAGCCUGGAGAGCUCGUCUUUGGGAAUGACUGCUCCAAGCUGUGCCGCUGUGCCGGCAAUUACACUUUGAGCUGUGUAGACAACACCUGUGACCCCACGGAAGAAUGUCUACAAGUGGGAGGAGUCCAUGGUUGCUAUCCUAAAGACACCUCCACCUGUAUUGCCUCGGGUGAUCCCCACUACUCCACCUUUGACAAACGCAGUUAUGACUUCAUGGGCAACUGCACCUACUUGAUGUCUGAGCCUUGCAACAGCACAGAUGUGCCUUACUUUGCUGUUUAUACUGACAAUGAGAAUCGUUACAAUGUCCCCACCGUCAGCUACGUGAGUGCUGUCCACGUCCACGUUCUAGGAGUGAAGGUGUCCAUCUUGAAAGGAGGAGUCGUGCAGCUGAAUGGAACCACUGUGAACAUUCCUCUAAGCCCUGCUCCUGGAGUGGACGUCUUUCAAUCUGGGACACUCUAUAGUGUAACCUUGAACUUUGGUGUGACAGUUCGCUAUGAUGGAAACCACUACAUGGACAUCAAAGUCAUCAAAGACUACCAGGACAGGCUGUGCGGCCUGUGUGGCGACUAUAAUGGCGACUUUAAAGAUGACUUCCGUACUCCCACCGGUGAACUGGUCAACAGUCCAACUGAUUUUGGUAACAGCUGGAACACAGACCCUGACUGCAAUAAGAGCCCCGUCGGUCCAGACCCUGGAUGCACAGAUGCUGAGCAGGACCUUUAUGAGAGUCCCGCCUACUGUGGAAUCAUACUGGACAGCAAAGGCCCAUUCGCUGUCUGUCACCCAAGAGUCAAUCCCAAUAGUUUCUUCAAAAACUGUGUGUUUGAUCUGUGUGCGCUGGACGGCCCUCACUCUGCCUUGUGUGAGGCCAUUGAAGCCUACGUCAACGAGUGUCAGGAUCGCGGAGUCAACAUCGGUCCCUGGAGAAACACCACCUUCUGCCCUCUCCAAUGCCCACCCAACAGCCACUAUGACCCCUGUGUCCGACCUUGUCAGCCCUCCUGUACCCCUCCCCCACCCAGCCAGUGUACUGGACCCUGUUCUGAGGGAUGUGUGUGUGACCCUGGAUACAUACUCAGUGCUGGCAAAUGUGUGAAAAAAGACACAUGUGGCUGCAAUUAUAAUGGACAGUACUACAAGCCAGAUGAGGAGUUCUACACUAAGGACUGUGAGCUGCUGUGCAGGUGUGAUCCUCCAUUCGUCACCUGCAGUGCUGCUGAAUGCCCUCCCAUGCAGCAGUGUGGUGUGCAGGGAGGACAAAUAGGCUGUUACCCAGUUGGUUCUCAGGACUGCAUCAUCUCAGGUGACCCUCAUUACAACACCUUUGAUGGUAAAUACUACUCUUUCAUGGGUACCUGCACCUACACGCUGGCCCGCACCUGCAGAAACAACACUGGGCCCUGGUUCUCUGUGGAGGGGAAGAAUGAGGAGAGAGGAGUGUCUGGCGUAUCUUACCUCAGGAAGUUGUACGUGACUGUCAACGGCAUCACUGUGACAAUGAUGAAGAGCAGAAUCACACUGGUGAAUGGACGGAGAGUAGCCCUCCCUCAUUCCCCCUCUCCUCUAAUCUCUCUAACCUUGGCUGGGCAGUAUGUCAUCCUCACCACACCCUUUGGCCUGGAGGUGCGGUGGGAUGGUAACCACUAUGCUAAGAUCACAGUGCCCAGUACCUACUUUGAGCAGAUGUGUGGUUUGUGUGGGGACUACAGUGGAAACCCCAACAAUGAUUUUACCAAACCAGAUGGAUCCCUGACUGGCAGCUCAGAUCAAUUUGGCAACAGCUGGCAAACCGAUAAAGACGAGGAUGACACAUGCAAGCCUGAUAUUGGUCCUGACCCACCAUGUGACCCCAGCCUUGAGGCUGAAGUGUCUAAACCAGAGAAAUGUGGAAAAAUCACUGACACUAGUGGACCAUUCAGGGACUGUAUAAAGGUGGUGGACCCUCUGCCGUUCUUCCAGAGCUGUGUGUUUGACAUGUGCCGCUAUCAGGGACUCCAGCAAACCCUGUGUGACCAGCUCCAGGCCUACACUGAUGCUUGUCUCAGUGCUGGGGCACCAAUCCACCAAUGGCGAGAACCAGACUUCUGCCCUCUGGUUUGUCCUCCUAACAGUCACUACUCCAUGUGUGUGAGUUCAUGUCCAGAAACAUGUGUGGGUGUGAGUGGUCCUCCUGGCUGUGGUGAGAAGUGUGUUGAAGGCUGUGAAUGUAACCCUGGCUUUGUGCUGAGCAACAACAAGUGUGUGCCUCUCAAAGACUGUGGCUGUGUGGACACUAUCGGUUCCUACCACCCUGUGAAUGAGAGCUGGUAUCUGGAGGGCUGUGAGCACCAGUGUGUGUGUCUGGGUGGAAGAAUCAUCCAGUGCUACAACACCAGCUGCCUCCCUACAGAGACCUGCCAACUGCAGGAUGGAGAGUUUGUCUGCAAACCAAAUGAUGGACACACUACAUCAAAGCCCCCCACAACCACUACACCGAAACCAACUGCUCCGAUACCAACUACACCACCAGUGAAGUGCCCUCCUGAUUCUGAGUACAUAGAGUGUGGUCCAGCUUGCAUUCCCAGCUGUAAAGAGCCCUCCACCAACUGCACUGGCUCUUGUAUCAGCGGCUGCUUCUGCAAACCAGGUUUUGUGUUCCGGGGGAAACGAUGUAUUCCCAUUGAGCAGUGUGGAUGUCUGGAUGAUGACAACAACUACUAUGAGCCUGGAGAGCUCGUCUUUGGGAAUGACUGCUCCAAGCUGUGCCGCUGUGCCGGCAAUUACACUUUGAGCUGUGUAGACAACACCUGUGACCCCACGGAAGAAUGUCUACAAGUGGGAGGAGUCCAUGGUUGCUAUCCUAAAGACACCUCCACCUGUAUUGCCUCGGGUGAUCCCCACUACUCCACCUUUGACAAACGCAGUUAUGACUUCAUGGGCAACUGCACCUACUUGAUGUCUGAGCCUUGCAACAGCACAGAUGUGCCUUACUUUGCUGUUUAUACUGACAAUGAGAAUCGUUACAAUGUCCCCACCGUCAGCUACGUGAGUGCUGUCCACGUCCACGUUCUAGGAGUGAAGGUGUCCAUCUUGAAAGGAGGAGUCGUGCAGCUGAAUGGAACCACUGUGAACAUUCCUCUAAGCCCUGCUCCUGGAGUGGACGUCUUUCAAUCUGGGACACUCUAUAGUGUAACCUUGAACUUUGGUGUGACAGUUCGCUAUGAUGGAAACCACUACAUGGACAUCAAAGUCAUCAAAGACUACCAGGACAGGCUGUGCGGCCUGUGUGGCGACUAUAAUGGCGACUUUAAAGAUGACUUCCGUACUCCCACCGGUGAACUGGUCAACAGUCCAACUGAUUUUGGUAACAGCUGGAACACAGACCCUGACUGCAAUAAGAGCCCCGUCGGUCCAGACCCUGGAUGCACAGAUGCUGAGCAGGACCUUUAUGAGAGUCCCGCCUACUGUGGAAUCAUACUGGACAGCAAAGGCCCAUUCGCUGUCUGUCACCCAAGAGUCAAUCCCAAUAGUUUCUUCAAAAACUGUGUGUUUGAUCUGUGUGCGCUGGACGGCCCUCACUCUGCCUUGUGUGAGGCCAUUGAAGCCUACGUCAACGAGUGUCAGGAUCGCGGAGUCAACAUCGGUCCCUGGAGAAACACCACCUUCUGCCCUCUCCAAUGCCCACCCAACAGCCACUAUGACCCCUGUGUCCGACCUUGUCAGCCCUCCUGUACCCCUCCCCCACCCAGCCAGUGUACUGGACCCUGUUCUGAGGGAUGUGUGUGUGACCCUGGAUACAUACUCAGUGCUGGCAAAUGUGUGAAAAAAGACACAUGUGGCUGCAAUUAUAAUGGACAGUACUACAAGCCAGAUGAGGAGUUCUACACUAAGGACUGUGAGCUGCUGUGCAGGUGUGAUCCUCCAUUCGUCACCUGCAGUGCUGCUGAAUGCCCUCCCAUGCAGCAGUGUGGUGUGCAGGGAGGACAAAUAGGCUGUUACCCAGUUGGUUCUCAGGACUGCAUCAUCUCGGGUGACCCUCAUUACAACACCUUUGAUGGUAAAUACUACUCUUUCAUGGGUACCUGCACCUACACGCUGGCCCGCACCUGCAGAAACAACACUGGGCCCUGGUUCUCUGUGGAGGGGAAGAAUGAGGAGAGAGGAGUGUCUGGCGUAUCUUACCUCAGGAAGUUGUACGUGACUGUCAACGGCAUCACUGUGACAAUGAUGAAGAGCAGAAUCACACUGGUGAAUGGACGGAGAGUAGCCCUCCCUCAUUCCCCCUCUCCUCUAAUCUCUCUAACCUUGGCUGGGCAGUAUGUCAUCCUCACCACACCCUUUGGCCUGGAGGUGCGGUGGGAUGGUAACCACUAUGCUAAGAUCACAGUGCCCAGUACCUACUUUGAGCAGAUGUGUGGUUUGUGUGGGGACUACAGUGGAAACCCCAACAAUGAUUUUACCAAACCAGAUGGAUCCCUGACUGGCAGCUCAGAUCAAUUUGGCAACAGCUGGCAAACCGAUAAAGACGAGGAUGACACAUGCAAGCCUGAUAUUGGUCCUGACCCACCAUGUGACCCCAGCCUUGAGGCUGAAGUGUCUAAACCAGAGAAAUGUGGAAAAAUCACUGACACUAGUGGACCAUUCAGGGACUGUAUAAAGGUGGUGGACCCUCUGCCGUUCUUCCAGAGCUGUGUGUUUGACAUGUGCCGCUAUCAGGGACUCCAGCAAACCCUGUGUGACCAGCUCCAGGCCUACACUGAUGCUUGUCUCAGUGCUGGGGCACCAAUCCACCAAUGGCGAGAACCAGACUUCUGCCCUCUGGUUUGUCCUCCUAACAGUCACUACUCCAUGUGUGUGAGUUCAUGUCCAGAAACAUGUGUGGGUGUGAGUGGUCCUCCUGGCUGUGGUGAGAAGUGUGUUGAAGGCUGUGAAUGUAACCCUGGCUUUGUGCUGAGCAACAACAAGUGUGUGCCUCUCAAAGACUGUGGCUGUGUGGACACUAUCGGUUCCUACCACCCUGUGAAUGAGAGCUGGUAUCUGGAGGGCUGUGAGCACCAGUGUGUGUGUCUGGGUGGAAGAAUCAUCCAGUGCUACAACACCAGCUGCCUCCCUACAGAGACCUGCCAACUGCAGGAUGGAGAGUUUGUCUGCAAACCAAAUGAUGGACACACUACAUCAAAGCCCCCCACAACCACUACACCGAAACCAACUGCUCCGAUACCAACUACACCACCAGUGAAGUGCCCUCCUGAUUCUGAGUACAUAGAGUGUGGUCCAGCUUGCAUUCCCAGCUGUAAAGAGCCCUCCACCAACUGCACUGGCUCUUGUAUCAGCGGCUGCUUCUGCAAACCAGGUUUUGUGUUCCGGGGGAAACGAUGUAUUCCCAUUGAGCAGUGUGGAUGUCUGGAUGAUGACAACAACUACUAUGAGCCUGGAGAGCUCGUCUUUGGGAAUGACUGCUCCAAGCUGUGCCGCUGUGCCGGCAAUUACACUUUGAGCUGUGUAGACAACACCUGUGACCCCACGGAAGAAUGUCUACAAGUGGGAGGAGUCCAUGGUUGCUAUCCUAAAGACACCUCCACCUGUAUUGCCUCGGGUGAUCCCCACUACUCCACCUUUGACAAACGCAGUUAUGACUUCAUGGGCAACUGCACCUACUUGAUGUCUGAGCCUUGCAACAGCACAGAUGUGCCUUACUUUGCUGUUUAUACUGACAAUGAGAAUCGUUACAAUGUCCCCACCGUCAGCUACGUGAGUGCUGUCCACGUCCACGUUCUAGGAGUGAAGGUGUCCAUCUUGAAAGGAGGAGUCGUGCAGCUGAAUGGAACCACUGUGAACAUUCCUCUAAGCCCUGCUCCUGGAGUGGACGUCUUUCAAUCUGGGACACUCUAUAGUGUAACCUUGAACUUUGGUGUGACAGUUCGCUAUGAUGGAAACCACUACAUGGACAUCAAAGUCAUCAAAGACUACCAGGACAGGCUGUGCGGCCUGUGUGGCGACUAUAAUGGCGACUUUAAAGAUGACUUCCGUACUCCCACCGGUGAACUGGUCAACAGUCCAACUGAUUUUGGUAACAGCUGGAACACAGACCCUGACUGCAAUAAGAGCCCCGUCGGUCCAGACCCUGGAUGCACAGAUGCUGAGCAGGACCUUUAUGAGAGUCCCGCCUACUGUGGAAUCAUACUGGACAGCAAAGGCCCAUUCGCUGUCUGUCACCCAAGAGUCAAUCCCAAUAGUUUCUUCAAAAACUGUGUGUUUGAUCUGUGUGCGCUGGACGGCCCUCACUCUGCCUUGUGUGAGGCCAUUGAAGCCUACGUCAACGAGUGUCAGGAUCGCGGAGUCAACAUCGGUCCCUGGAGAAACACCACCUUCUGCCCUCUCCAAUGCCCACCCAACAGCCACUAUGACCCCUGUGUCCGACCUUGUCAGCCCUCCUGUACCCCUCCCCCACCCAGCCAGUGUACUGGACCCUGUUCUGAGGGAUGUGUGUGUGACCCUGGAUACAUACUCAGUGCUGGCAAAUGUGUGAAAAAAGACACAUGUGGCUGCAAUUAUAAUGGACAGUACUACAAGCCAGAUGAGGAGUUCUACACUAAGGACUGUGAGCUGCUGUGCAGGUGUGAUCCUCCAUUCGUCACCUGCAGUGCUGCUGAAUGCCCUCCCAUGCAGCAGUGUGGUGUGCAGGGAGGACAAAUAGGCUGUUACCCAGUUGGUUCUCAGGACUGCAUCAUCUCAGGUGACCCUCAUUACAACACCUUUGAUGGUAAAUACUACUCUUUCAUGGGUACCUGCACCUACACGCUGGCCCGCACCUGCAGAAACAACACUGGGCCCUGGUUCUCUGUGGAGGGGAAGAAUGAGGAGAGAGGAGUGUCUGGCGUAUCUUACCUCAGGAAGUUGUACGUGACUGUCAACGGCAUCACUGUGACAAUGAUGAAGAGCAGAAUCACACUGGUGAAUGGACGGAGAGUAGCCCUCCCUCAUUCCCCCUCUCCUCUAAUCUCUCUAACCUUGGCUGGGCAGUAUGUCAUCCUCACCACACCCUUUGGCCUGGAGGUGCGGUGGGAUGGUAACCACUAUGCUAAGAUCACAGUGCCCAGUACCUACUUUGAGCAGAUGUGUGGUUUGUGUGGGGACUACAGUGGAAACCCCAACAAUGAUUUUACCAAACCAGAUGGAUCCCUGACUGGCAGCUCAGAUCAAUUUGGCAACAGCUGGCAAACCGAUAAAGACGAGGAUGACACAUGCAAGCCUGAUAUUGGUCCUGACCCACCAUGUGACCCCAGCCUUGAGGCUGAAGUGUCUAAACCAGAGAAAUGUGGAAAAAUCACUGACACUAGUGGACCAUUCAGGGACUGUAUAAAGGUGGUGGACCCUCUGCCGUUCUUCCAGAGCUGUGUGUUUGACAUGUGCCGCUAUCAGGGACUCCAGCAAACCCUGUGUGACCAGCUCCAGGCCUACACUGAUGCUUGUCUCAGUGCUGGGGCACCAAUCCACCAAUGGCGAGAACCAGACUUCUGCCCUCUGGUUUGUCCUCCUAACAGUCACUACUCCAUGUGUGUGAGUUCAUGUCCAGAAACAUGUGUGGGUGUGAGUGGUCCUCCUGGCUGUGGUGAGAAGUGUGUUGAAGGCUGUGAAUGUAACCCUGGCUUUGUGCUGAGCAACAACAAGUGUGUGCCUCUCAAAGACUGUGGCUGUGUGGACACUAUCGGUUCCUACCACCCUGUGAAUGAGAGCUGGUAUCUGGAGGGCUGUGAGCACCAGUGUGUGUGUCUGGGUGGAAGAAUCAUCCAGUGCUACAACACCAGCUGCCUCCCUACAGAGACCUGCCAACUGCAGGAUGGAGAGUUUGUCUGCAAACCAAAUGAUGGACACACUACAUCAAAGCCCCCCACAACCACUACACCGAAACCAACUGCUCCGAUACCAACUACACCACCAGUGAAGUGCCCUCCUGAUUCUGAGUACAUAGAGUGUGGUCCAGCUUGCAUUCCCAGCUGUAAAGAGCCCUCCACCAACUGCACUGGCUCUUGUAUCAGCGGCUGCUUCUGCAAACCAGGUUUUGUGUUCCGGGGGAAACGAUGUAUUCCCAUUGAGCAGUGUGGAUGUCUGGAUGAUGACAACAACUACUAUGAGCCUGGAGAGCUCGUCUUUGGGAAUGACUGCUCCAAGCUGUGCCGCUGUGCCGGCAAUUACACUUUGAGCUGUGUAGACAACACCUGUGACCCCACGGAAGAAUGUCUACAAGUGGGAGGAGUCCAUGGUUGCUAUCCUAAAGACACCUCCACCUGUAUUGCCUCGGGUGAUCCCCACUACUCCACCUUUGACAAACGCAGUUAUGACUUCAUGGGCAACUGCACCUACUUGAUGUCUGAGCCUUGCAACAGCACAGAUGUGCCUUACUUUGCUGUUUAUACUGACAAUGAGAAUCGUUACAAUGUCCCCACCGUCAGCUACGUGAGUGCUGUCCACGUCCACGUUCUAGGAGUGAAGGUGUCCAUCUUGAAAGGAGGAGUCGUGCAGCUGAAUGGAACCACUGUGAACAUUCCUCUAAGCCCUGCUCCUGGAGUGGACGUCUUUCAAUCUGGGACACUCUAUAGUGUAACCUUGAACUUUGGUGUAACAGUUCGCUAUGAUGGAAACCACUACAUGGACAUCAAAGUCAUCAAAGACUACCAGGACAGGCUGUGCGGCCUGUGUGGCGACUAUAAUGGCGACUUUAAAGAUGACUUCCGUACUCCCACCGGUGAACUGGUCAACAGUCCAACUGAUUUUGGUAACAGCUGGAACACAGACCCUGACUGCAAUAAGAGCCCCGUCGGUCCAGACCCUGGAUGCACAGAUGCUGAGCAGGACCUUUAUGAGAGUCCCGCCUACUGUGGAAUCAUACUGGACAGCAAAGGCCCAUUCGCUGUCUGUCACCCAAGAGUCAAUCCCAAUAGUUUCUUCAAAAACUGUGUGUUUGAUCUGUGUGCGCUGGACGGCCCUCACUCUGCCUUGUGUGAGGCCAUUGAAGCCUACGUCAACGAGUGUCAGGAUCGCGGAGUCAACAUCGGUCCCUGGAGAAACACCACCUUCUGCCCUCUCCAAUGCCCACCCAACAGCCACUAUGACCCCUGUGUCCGACCUUGUCAGCCCUCCUGUACCCCUCCCCCACCCAGCCAGUGUACUGGACCCUGUUCUGAGGGAUGUGUGUGUGACCCUGGAUACAUACUCAGUGCUGGCAAAUGUGUGAAAAAAGACACAUGUGGCUGCAAUUAUAAUGGACAGUACUACAAGCCAGAUGAGGAGUUCUACACUAAGGACUGUGAGCUGCUGUGCAGGUGUGAUCCUCCAUUCGUCACCUGCAGUGCUGCUGAAUGCCCUCCCAUGCAGCAGUGUGGUGUGCAGGGAGGACAAAUAGGCUGUUACCCAGUUGGUUCUCAGGACUGCAUCAUCUCGGGUGACCCUCAUUACAACACCUUUGAUGGUAAAUACUACUCUUUCAUGGGUACCUGCACCUACACGCUGGCCCGCACCUGCAGAAACAACACUGGGCCCUGGUUCUCUGUGGAGGGGAAGAAUGAGGAGAGAGGAGUGUCUGGCGUAUCUUACCUCAGGAAGUUGUACGUGACUGUCAACGGCAUCACUGUGACAAUGAUGAAGAGCAGAAUCACACUGGUGAAUGGACGGAGAGUAGCCCUCCCUCAUUCCCCCUCUCCUCUAAUCUCUCUAACCUUGGCUGGGCAGUAUGUCAUCCUCACCACACCCUUUGGCCUGGAGGUGCGGUGGGAUGGUAACCACUAUGCUAAGAUCACAGUGCCCAGUACCUACUUUGAGCAGAUGUGUGGUUUGUGUGGGGACUACAGUGGAAACCCCAACAAUGAUUUUACCAAACCAGAUGGAUCCCUGACUGGCAGCUCAGAUCAAUUUGGCAACAGCUGGCAAACCGAUAAAGACGAGGAUGACACAUGCAAGCCUGAUAUUGGUCCUGACCCACCAUGUGACCCCAGCCUUGAGGCUGAAGUGUCUAAACCAGAGAAAUGUGGAAAAAUCACUGACACUAGUGGACCAUUCAGGGACUGUAUAAAGGUGGUGGACCCUCUGCCGUUCUUCCAGAGCUGUGUGUUUGACAUGUGCCGCUAUCAGGGACUCCAGCAAACCUUGUGUGACCAGCUCCAGGCCUACACUGAUGCUUGUCUCAGUGCUGGGGCACCAAUCCACCAAUGGCGAGAACCAGACUUCUGCCCUCUGGUUUGUCCUCCUAACAGUCACUACUCCAUGUGUGUGAGUUCAUGUCCAGAAACAUGUGUGGGUGUGAGUGGUCCUCCUGGCUGUGGUGAGAAGUGUGUUGAAGGCUGUGAAUGUAACCCUGGCUUUGUGCUGAGCAACAACAAGUGUGUGCCUCUCAAAGACUGUGGCUGUGUGGACACUAUCGGUUCCUACCACCCUGUGAAUGAGAGCUGGUAUCUGGAGGGCUGUGAGCACCAGUGUGUGUGUCUGGGUGGAAGAAUCAUCCAAUGCUACAACACCAGCUGCCUCCCUACAGAGACCUGCCAACUGCAGGAUGGAGAGUUUGUCUGCAAACCAAAUGAUGUUAUUGGUCCAGGAAUCUGCUCUGUGUCUGGGGAUCCCCACUAUACCUCUUUCGAUAACAAGGUUCAUCACUUCAUGGGUGCUUGCUCUUACACUCUCACCAAGCCCUGCAAUGAGACCUUGGGUAUGCAAUACUUCACUGUUGACACCCAGAACGAACACAGGGGCAACAACAAGAAAGUGUCUUAUGUGAAAUCAGUCAUCAUCAGUGUUUAUGGCAUGAAGAUUGUUCUGGACAAGGGCCGUAAACUCCUGGUAAAUGGAGGUCAGGUGACUGUCCCCAUCACCCUGUUGAAUGGUGUUAAGAUUUUCCUCAGUGGGAAAUUUGUGGUGCUUGAGACUAACUUUGGUCUGCGUGUCCGCUUUGAUGGAAAUCACCAUGCUGAUGUCAGCCUUACCUCCUCUUACAAAGGCCUAUUGUGUGGAAUGUGUGGAAACUACAAUGACAACCCAAGUGAUGAUAACAUUAAGUCAGAUGGCAAGCCUACAGAAAACAGCAAUGAACUGGGAGAGAGUUGGCAGGUGCCUGACAACAGACCUGAUUGUUCCCAUGGAGGUGGCAGUAUAGAAUGUGAUAAAGAUAUUGAAAGUGAUGCAAAAAAAAACACCAGCUGUGGAAUGAUUACUGACCCUAACGGAAUCUUCAAGGCAUGCCAAAAAGUCGUCCCACCCAGCCCACACUUUGAGAGCUGCGCGUUUGACCAGUGUGGUACGGAUGGGUCUGCUGUGGCACUUUGCCAGGCUGUUGAGAGCUACGCCGACCUCUGUGCGCAAGCUGGGGUGCCCGUCAAUUGGAGGAACAACACAUUCUGUCCCAUGAAAUGUCCUGUUGGCAGUCACUAUGAGCACUGCGGCACAGCGUGUCCACCAAGCUGUCAGGACCCAGGCUCAGCUGGCACAUGUACGGAGCCAUGUGUUGAAGGGUGUGUGUGUGAUGAUGGACUGAUACUCAGCGGAGAAAAAUGUGUGCUCUUCAGCCAGUGUGGAUGUAUCGACAAGGACAGCAACUACAGACCUGUGGGAAGUAGCUGGUUUACUAAAGAUGACUGCUCCGAGCGCUGUGUGUGCUUUCCGUUCAAUAAUGUGACAUGCGAAGCAUGGAGAUGCAGCCCAGCACAAGAAUGUAAGGUUCACGAGGGCCAGCUGACUUGUGUGGACACAGGUGUGGGUAUUUGCCACAUAGCCGGAGAUCCUCAUUACUACAGUUUUGAUGGCAUCAUGCAUACCUACAUGGGCACUUGUACCUACACGUUGGUGGAGGUUUGUGACAGUUCCAUGGUGACUAACUUCACCAUUGUGGCCAAAAACGAAGAGCGUGGGCAACCAGAGGCCUCCUAUGUGAGAUCUGUCACUGUCUACCUGCCCGGAGCUGUUGUCACACUUAGCAAGAGCAAACGAGUCCUGCUGGAUGGGCAAAGGAUCCGUACUCCUAUGGACAUCACUGUGGCUCAGGCCCAGGUGUUCACCAGUGGAGUCAAUAGUGUGCUAGCCACAGACUUUGGCCUGAUUGUCCAGUUUGAUGGAGUUCACCACAUAGAGAUUACCGUGCCUGGAGACUACUUCAGCAAGGUGUGUGGCAUGUGCGGCAACUACAACGGCAAUUUCAGUGAUGACAACUUGAUGCCCAACGGACAGCCAGCUAAAGAUGUCAUAGAGCUGGGUAACAGCUGGAAGGCAGAAGGGGACAGUGACCCAGGAUGCCAGCCAGACAUGCGGCCCGACAUCCGCCCCAACUGCACAGCCGAAGAAGAGGAAGUUAUCGGGGCUCAGUGUGCCGGCGUGCUCCUGUCCGACCGUUUCAAGCCCUGCCACACGUUCAUCCCCCCAGAGGCCUUCGUUGGAAACUGCAUCUAUGACAUGUGCGAGUAUGGCGGUAUGCAGUCCACGCUGUGCGACAACGUGGAGGCGUACGCCCAGGCCUGCCAGAGUGCCGCUCUCCCGUGCCCACCGAAAAGCCACUACUCGGACUGCGCGCUGCCGUGCCCCCCCACUUGUGCAGACCUCUUCCCCAUCUUCUGCCCCCUGCCACCCAACAGUUGCGUGGAGGGCUGUCAGUGUGACGCCGGCUUUGUGCUGAGCGAUGGCAAGUGUGUAUUGCUCUCCAACUGUGGAUGCGUCGAUGACAAAGGACAAUAUCAUGACGUCGGAGAUUCCUGGGUGACAGAGCACUGCGAUCGGAAGUGUGCCUGUACUCUGGGAGGAGUUCUCUCCUGCAAGGAGUUCCAGUGUAGCUCCAGUUCCGUGUGUGCCCUGGACAAAGACGGAGAGCGCUACUGCAAACCUGAGAGUUUUGACAAGUGCACAAUUUCUGGAGACCCACACUAUCACACCUUUGACAAAUUCAGCCACCACUACCAGGGCCCAUACACAUACAUGCUAAGCAAGGAUCACAAUCUGCCCAGCUUCCUCACACCCUUCACCGUGAGGGGCAAGAAUGCCCGCAGGGGGGGCAACAACCACAUAUCCUUCCUGCAUGAGGUCUACGUGGAUGUGUAUGGUGUUAGCGUUCGCAUGCUACAAAAGAAGGCUCUGCUGGUUGAUGGUGAGCGGGUGUCCCCUCCUCUGCGCCCUAUGCAGGGUAUGCAGCUGACCCUGAACUUGCACUACAUACAGCUCUCCACUGACUUUGGCCUUACCGUGCGCUUCGACGGGAACAUGCAAGGGGAGGUGAUCCUACCAAGCACAUACAGGACACAUGUGCUUGGCCUGUGCGGGAACUACGACAGACGCUCCAACAAUGAGUACGUGAAGCCUGACGGCAGCCUGUCCCGCAACCUCAAUGAGUUUGGAGACAGCUGGAGAGUGAGCGACAGGCAGGGGGAGGAGCUCCGCACCACAGAUCUGCCCCAGCAUGCCCACCUGCACAAGAGGGCAGUGGAAGAGGAAUUGGACUCAGGCUUUGAGACACAGGGCUGCUCUGACGCUCAGCUAGAAGAGCUAAAUGGGGUGAACCAGUGUGGAGCACUGAGCAAUCCUGAAGGACCCUUCUCUGUCUGCCAUGCCAGUCUCGCCCCUGAUACAUACCAGAAGGACUGUGUGUAUGACCUCUGUGCAGAUCAAAGCAAUUCCACAUUACGCUGUGCAAGCUAUGCAGUUUAUGCCCUGGCUUGUCAGGAACAAGGAGUUCAACUUGGGUCUUGGAGGCAAAAACUGGAUUGUGCUCUGCAGUGUGCUGCCAACAGCAGCUACAGCACCUGUAUGACUGCGUGCCCAGCAUCCUGUGCAGACCUAGCAGCACCCUCAGAGUGUGAGCAGAGUAUAUGCGUGGAGGGCUGUGAGUGCAAUGCUGGAUUCACCAUGAGCGACACCCAAUGCGUUCCUUUCAACGAGUGUGGCUGCACCUACCUGGGGCGCUACUACACUCUGCAGGAGAAGUUUGUGACGGAGGACUGUGCACAGACUUGUGAAUGUUCCACUACUGGUGCAGUUUGUCAGCCCAAAGGCUGUACAAAGACACAGGUCUGCACUAUCUACGCCACCAAACGAGACUGCUAUGAGAUGAGUCCGUGUCUGUCCUCACCAUGUCUGAAUGGUGGCACCUGUGAAGAGUCAUCGACUACUAGCUACAACUGCUUGUGUCCAGAGGGGUUUGAGGGGACCAACUGUGAAAUGGAGAAAACGCACCCUUAUAGCAGUUUAGAUCAAACAACUAUUAUACUCAUUGGCGUCUUGGUACCACUCGCCAUCAUCAUUAUUGUUACAGCGAUUGUGUGCGCCUGCAAGAAAUCAAGGCACAGAAAAAACAGCUUUGAUACUACUAGCAGCCACAACCUGCCACUGCAAAAUGCAGAUUUCCUCUCUCAAAAUGUUGAUGACCAUAAGAAGAGCGCAGACAACAGGGUGAUGAAAUCUUCCAAGUUCUAGAGUAACCUGCCAUUCUGAUUUGAACAUAGUUAAAUUUUUUAUUUAUUGAAUUUUAAUGUAAUGCUGUCAAUGGAAUUAACACUUGAACAAAGUAACUUCUGUGAAUAUUUUUAGUUUUGUAAUCAGGUUUUAGUAACUUAUUUGUAUACACUUCUGUAAUUG